GGGGGGGGCCUUCGCCGCCUUCGUCGGCGCUGACGAAGCCUCCGGCGCUUCCCUCCUCUUAUCCUCUUCCUCCUUCCCUCCAGCCCCUUCACUUCCCUGCCGCCACCAAGAAGAGGAGGGCAUUCAUUGGUCGCUUCCAAGCUCGCAAGCGAGGGAGGAACCUCUCCUCCACGCUGGUGUCACCUCGGAGCACGGCCAGCGCCUCACGCACGGUUCAGGAGGCCUCUAUCGCCGAUCUUCCUCAUGCCGGCAGUCGCCAGGGCUAUCCUUCUCUUCUCUCCCUCUCCCUCUAUCAGCAGACACCUUCGGCUACCUGAGACGGAGGGUUGCUGCAUCUUCUCCACGCCGACAUCGCCUCAGAGCACUGUCAGCGUCGUCCCCAGUGGGCACCGCCUCUAGCGGUUAGAGCCACCCCAGCGACAGCCGCCGCCCUUAGCUGCAAUUGUUGCCUCCGGCAGCCAACUCCGCCACCUAUGACAGCCACUGCCACAACCGCCUUUGGUGGCUAACGCCUCCGGCAACCAACGUCGUCGUCUCGAGCGACCACUGCCACAGCCUCCUUGGGCGGCCAGCGCCUCCGGUGUCCAGUGCCGUCAUCUCUGGCAGCCAUGGUCGUAGCCGCCGUCACCUCCUGGCAGUCGUCGUCACCCUCCGAGCAGUCUCCGUCUAAGGGCUCAGGUAUCGCACUAUGCCUAUAUUCCGGCCUGCGACCCGAUGACGUGUUUGACCUUCGUGUCGUUGUUGUAUCUCGGUCUACGAGCCGAUAGAGUGUUCGGCCUUCGUGCCGCUGUUGCAUUCCAGUCUGCAAGCCAAGGCUAUAGUCAGACCGCGUAUCGUCAUGAGGAUCCAUAUCACGUCCGGCUUGGAGCCAUAGGAGCCAGUUACUCAUCUGGUGGACGUCUAUCUACUCCUCACAGCUACGACGACUCGAUCAGCGCCGCAACUAGCUCAUCCAUCCAUCCAAGGGCACCCCCGGGGCCAAGGGACCGGGGCAUCCCGGUCGCUGGUUACAGGUAACGUUGACCAGGAGGACUUUGAACGACUCGGUCAACAUGGAGGACAGCUCACCACCGGGUCAUGGGGAUGCGGUCAACCUUUCAAACACGUCACACCGGCAGAUCCAUCUUCUCAGCUUCCCGACAGGAACACACACACACACACACACACACAUAUAUAUAUAUAUAUAUAUAUAGAGAGAGAGGAUUGUUAUGCUGCGGACUAUUUACUACGGAUUGUUACGAACUUGCCAUGUCAUUUUUUUUUUAUUUUUUAAAUGCAACUUUUUCUUUUUUUU